AUGCCGUUCUCCUCAGUCUCCCUGGUGUCUCUGGACCCCGCCGCUUACCUCCUCCCCACCGCCGGCCGCGUCGCUGGGCAGCGGACGCCGCCGCGCUUGCGCUUGCGCCGGGUGGUGCUGCGGGCUGCUUCCGUCUCCGCCGUCGCGGAGGAGUCCUCUGCCGCCGCGGCCGCGCGGGGGCGGCUGGAGUCGCUGAGCCAGGUGGCCGGGGUGCUCGGCACGCAGUGGGGGGACGAGGGCAAGGGCAAGCUCGUCGACAUCCUCGCGCAGCGCUUCGACGUCGUCGCCCGGUGCCAGGGUGGAGCCAAUGCUGGACAUACCAUAUACAAUUCUGAGGGGAAGAAGUUCUCUCUACAUCUUGUUCCAUCGGGGAUCCUUAAUGCGAACACACAGUGUGUGAUCGGUAACGGAGCAGUAGUACACCUUCCUGGGUUCUUUAAAGAAAUUGAUGGACUAGAGUCCAACGGAGUUUCCUGCGAAGGAAGGAUUCUGGUAUCAGAUCGUGCCCAUCUUUUGUUUGAUUUUCAUCAAGUUGUUGAUGGGCUUAGAGAGGUGGAGCUUGGAAACUCUUUCAUAGGAACAACAAAGAGGGGUAUUGGACCAUGCUAUUCAAACAAAGUUAUCAGGAAUGGACUCAGGGUUAGCGAUCUACGACAUAUGGACACGUUUGGUGCUAAACUCAGUACCCUACUGAAAGAUGCAGCUAUGCGCUUCAAAGGGUUUGAAUACAGUAGCAAGACCCUCAAAGAGGAGGUUGAGAAGUACGAAAAGUAUGCUGAACGUCUUGGACCUUAUAUUACUGAUACCGUGCAUUUCAUGAACGAGUCAAUCUUGCAAAAGAAGAAAAUAUUGGUUGAAGGUGGUCAAGCUACCAUGUUAGAUAUUGAUUUUGGCACAUAUCCAUUUGUUACUUCCUCAAGUCCCUCAGCCGGGGGAAUUUGUACUGGCCUUGGUAUUGCUCCAAGAAGCCUCGGCGAUCUCAUUGGAGUGGUAAAAGCUUAUACAACUAGGGUUGGAUCUGGUCCAUUCCCAACAGAGUUGUUGGGCAAGACUGGUGAUUUGCUCCGUGCCUCUGGAAUGGAAUUUGGGACUACAACAGGCCGGCCCAGGCGUUGUGGCUGGCUUGAUAUAGUCGCACUCAAAUACUGCUGCCAAAUCAAUGGUUUCUCAUCUCUAAAUCUCACGAAACUUGACGUGCUGACCGGACUCAAGGAAAUUAAGCUGGGCACCUCAUACUGUACCGAAGAUGGUAAAACACUCGAAUCGUUCCCGGCAGACCUUGAUCUGUUGGAGCAAACUAAGGUCAAGUACGAGGUCCUACCUGGGUGGGAGGAAGACAUAGCCUUGGUACGAGACUACAACGAUCUCCCGGAGACUGCUCGUUUAUAUGUGGAGAGGAUAGAGGAGCUGGUCGGUAUUCCGGUCCAUUACAUUGGUGUUGGACCUGGACGUGAUGCUCUCAUAUACAAAUAGGGGGUUUCAUGAAGCAUGUCCUAUAUUUCUAUAAAGAUCCCCCAUUUAGGCAACGGUUUGAUUUAAUUGUGCUGUCUUGCUCUUUAUAAAGGCUUUCACAAACUGGAGCACGUAAAAAGUGAAAUGGUAGUAGAUGACAGGAGGAUAUAGGUAUUUCUUCAACAUCCUCUAUUAGGCGAACAAAGUACUACUAUAUAACUCCAUCCGUGUUUGUUCUGCUUUUUUA